GACUGUAGUCUCCAGAGAAAGACGUAACAUGUGAUUGUUGUCUCCAGAUAAGGAGGCGGCUCCAGAGGUGGAGAUGUCCAUCCCUGGUCUGGACUGGGGCAUGGACGAGGUCAUGGGUAAAGACACCAAGAAGGUCCCCCAGAAGAAAGUCCCGUACGCCAAACCCAUCCCAGCCCAGUUCCAACAGGCCUGGGCGGAGAACAAGGUUCCCAUGAUGCCCCCCGGCGGAGAGCUGCCCAAAGACCGGAAGGUGGAGCAGAAGGGGGACGGGAAGAAGAAGACUCAGGCCGAGAUGGAGCAGGAGAUGGCAGCUCUGCAGUACACCAACCCCAUGCUGCUGGAGGUGACUUAGUAGUACUAGUAGUAGUAGUAGUAGUAG